AACGACACGUGACAAACGCGUGGGACCCUCCACCAUUGUUAACGACACCUUCCAAUUAAAACGCCGCCGUCCGUUCAUUUCAACGCUCAUUUUCUCUCUCUAAAUUUCAAUCAUUUCUUCAAUCACAAAAAAAAAAAAAAAAAAACUCAUUGUUUCUUUCACAAACACCACUAAUCCUCAAUCUCAUUACAUUUUCCCGAGAAAAUCAAAUCCCUAUUUUCUCUCUCUCUCUCUCUCUCUCUCUCUCUCUCUCUCUUUCCCGCAAAAUUCGAAGCCAGAUUCUGAAUGCUUCAAUUUUAAGCUUCUCGCUGUGUGAGUAUGUAUCAUGCAAAGAAGUUUCCGGAGGAGACGAUGAUGCUACAUAAAUCUCAAGGUGGUGGUGGUGGUGGUGGUGAACAGUUUGCAAAUGGUGGGGGUUUGAAUGGAUCUGCUGUGAAAAAUGUUCAACCUGCUGGAGGAGGUGGGAAGCAGCGUUUGCGUUGGACGUCGGAUCUUCAUGACCGUUUUGUCGAUGCUAUUACGCAGCUUGGUGGACCAGAUAGUGGGAGCAACACCCAAAGGUGUUCUGAGAGUGAUGGGCGUGCCUGGACUGACCAUUUAUCAUGUUAAAAGCCAUUUACAGAAGUAUCGCCUGGCGAAGUACUUGCCUGAAUCACCAGGUGAUGGUAAAGAUUCUAAAGAUGAGAAAAGGAAUUCUGGAGACAGCAUUUCUGGCGCUGAUUCUUCCCCGGGAUUGCAAAUCAAUGACGCACUACGAAUGCAGAUGGAGGUUCAAAAACGUCUGCAUGAACAGCUUGAGGUUCAAAAGCAAUUACAAAUGAGAAUUGAAGCCCAGGGUAAAUACUUGCAGAAGAUCAUAGAGGAACAGCAGAAAUUAGGCAGUACCUUGGCAGCAUCGGAAACACUUCCGUUGUCCCAUGAUAAGCAAAACCAGCCCCUAUCAGAGCCUUCUGGGUCUAGUGAUGCCCUUGCAGACACUUUUUCUCCCCAUAAAAAACAGAGAAUUGAUGAAGGUUCAAAGGAUGGCACUGCACCCCAAGUUACAAUAAAGACUGCUCAGAAGAAUGAUUGUAAUGUUGGUCCUUUGGAUCCAAACUUGUAUGAAGAUGAUGCUGGCUAUGGAUUUGAUUUGGAGACAGAAAAUGACGACGGCAAUGAGUGAGCAGUAAGAAUUAGUUUCUGUUUGUAGGUCAACACGUGUCUUAUUGUAAUAUCUAGUAGAAAAUACAAUCCUGUUUUUGUAAAUUAUAUAUUCCACGCAAUCCAUUUGUAUAUAUUAAUGUAGAAGUAGAUGCAUUCUUCUCUCCUGUCGUGAGAGUGGUAAACACCUGCACUCUCACAGUCAACAGAAAUGCAUUGACAUGCAUUGUACAUGUGGUCAUGGAUGAUGAAUGUUGGGAGUUGCACACUUGUCAUCAUUUAUUAUGUUCGGUUUGUUUUUGUCUUCCAUGUCAAUAUCAAACUUGUCAAUUAGCUAGUGACGGCAUUGUUUGAUCUUUGUAGUCAACUUGUGAGAUAUGACUUCGUUAUUGUUGUAGUCGAAGAUAUUAACAAGUUUCACUUUACAUCAAUUUCGUGAUACUAUAAAGUUA